AUGGUUCUAUACAGAGUUCGACGCCUUGUUAGCGUAAGAUAUACAUUUGGAUGUCGAAUAAACAAUAUUGUGUUCUGUGCUCACGCGAUCUCGCUAGUAUUUUUAGUUAGUGCCUAUAGUGUUAAGUUAGAAGGAAUUCGUGUGGUUAGGUUAGUGUUCCCGACGACAGACGGAUGUAUUGUUGUAGGGUCGAUUGAUAAGUGUACAGCGCCCUCUAGCGGCGGAGAAAGGAGAGCGAACGGUGACGGAGUCGUGAAAUGUAAAGUGAGUAGCUUCGGGAUCGUAUCGUACACCCGUCUCUGUCACACGGCAUACAGUGUGAGCGAGACGGAGGAUGCCUUCCUGGAUAUAUUCCUAGUAGUAAUUGUUAUAAUAACAACAUGUCACAAGCUCUGUAAAACUAACUGCUUCGUCAGCUUUACACCUCAGGCGGCAAGCGACCCGCUCCGUACAACACUCCGACCCAUACCAGCGAUACAAACACACUUGUUGCUCGAGGGCAUGACGCCUCCGUUGUCGCUAGGCAACGCUGCAUCAAUCGAUAACAUCGACUGGGGGAUACCAGAUACCGGCAGUAGGGAAGAGUUAUAA